CCUCACAUCACCAGCUUCAUCGUCCUCGACUCACAUCAUACACACAUCCUCAAAAUAUUUUGGAUUGAAGCAUACUGUCAUCAAAAGUCGCCUUUGAGCAUUUCCUUCCGGCAUCAACCAACUCAAGCCAACUUUGAACCAACCCAACCAAACCACACCACAAACCCUCCCACCAUGCUCAAUCUCAACCACCUUCUCCUCCUCGCCACAGUAGCAACCCUCCCCUUCUCCACCACCGCCGCACCCACAACAACCACCACCAACCCAACCCCCAACCUCACCCACCCCUCCCCCGUCACCACCCACACCGUCAUCGCCGGCCGCGGCGGCGGCGGCCUGCGCUUCGACCCGGACAACAUCGUCGCCGCCGCCGGUUCCGUCAUCGAGUUCCACUUCCUGCCCGCCAACCACAGCGUCGUCGAGGCCGCCUUCGACGCGCCCUGCGUGCCCAAGAACGACACAUCCUUCGACUCGGGGUUUUUUCCGGUUGCUGCGAGCGCUGAUGGCGCGGCCGUGCAGUCGGGCGAGGUGUUUCAGUUCGUGGUGGGGGAUGAGGAGAGGCCGGUGUGGUUUUAUUGUGCGCAGGGGAGGCAUUGUAUGGGGGGGAUGGUGGGGGUGGUGAAUCAGGGGUUUGGUGGUGCCGAGGGGGGGAAGACGUUGGGGCGGUUUAGGGAUGCGGCGAAGGGGUUUGUGGGGGUGAGUGCUUCUCAGGGCGCGGUGCAGGGUGGGUGGAGGGGGGAGAACCCGAAUCCGUUGGCAGGGUUUUGA